GAAGAAUGUCUGUGUUCAAGAUGGCGGCGAGGAUAGCCUGAAGUUUAUGAAUGCUAGUUAAUGAUGGAGGGCGAGGUGAGCCUGGUGGCAGGCCGCAGUCAGAGAGAGAAGAGGAGAUCUUACAAGGACCUCCUGCGAGAAGAGGAGAUCAUCGAUGCUGAGGUUCGCAAGUCCUCGAAAAAACGUCCCAAGGAAUCGGAUGGGUUUGUAGUGAGCGGUGAGGUUCACAAAAAGAAAAAGAAGCAUCAUGAUGAUUAUCGUUAUAAAGAUCAUCACAAAAAGAAAAAAAGGCCGUCAGACAGCCAUGGCAGCUCCGUGUCGGCGUCAGCGCCUUCCACUUCCCCUCAUGAUGGCAUGACUGCAAUGGGCUUGCUUCAGGCUAUCACCUCUCCUACAGCUGUCGGCUCAGAGCCCUGCCCUACGCUCCCCAAGAAACCGUCGUACCCCCCGCUCCUCUCGGGAAAAGAUCGUAGGAGGGAGAGCAUGCCCGCGCCCAAACCGGCUAAGAAGAAACCGCACGUGGCGAGGGAGGUGCUGCCGAUUGUCGGCGAGGAAGUGGAGCUGGAAGGGCUUUACAGCGGAUCUUACGAGCUACUGGACGACGACAGCUCCUCCUCAGCGGAGGAUGAGGAAGCGGGUCAGCUGGUCAUCGACGAUUCCUUCAGCCAGCACAGAAAGAAGAGCAAAAAGAGCAAGAAAAGCAAGAAGAAGAAGGACAAGGAGAAAGAGCGGCGUCACGGCAGCAAAUCUAAUGGCAGCUCGGAUGUCGGGUUGUACACAGGAGGACGGUCAGGAUCGCACAGUGACAAAAAGAAAAAGAAAGAAGAGAAGGCCAGAUUAAAGGCCGUGAAAGCGAAGAAAAAGGUUCUCACGGCAUAUCAGAUCUUCUCGAAAGAGUACAGGUUGAGCAUCUUGGAGGAGCAGCCAGGUCUAGAUUUUGGUGAUUUGAGUAAGAAGUUGGGAGAUGCUUGGAAUCAGCUACCCGAGGGAGACAAACAGGUGUGGAGGGAGAGGGCGGAGUAUCUGCAGCACAAGCAGAUGAAGUACGAGUCCACUACAAGCAAACGCAGUAAACACAGCCAGCCCAAACCUGCCAAAGAUACCAGCAAAAGUAAAGGUGUCGCUCAGUUCCCAGGUGCGGUUACGCCGAGCCCAGCAACAACACACACAGUAGCAGCGGUGCCGAAAAGGCCAGAGCCUGCCGUGACUGUGCCUCAAAACGGACCAUCUCUGACUCCUGUAGCUGAACCCGCACCAUCACCACUUAGAGAUCCCGAGGUGGACCCAAUCGAUGCUGCUGCCCACCUGCAGUUGUUAGGCGAAUCGCUGUCGCUGAUUGGCCGGAGGCUCCAGGAAACUGAAGGAAUGGUGACGGUGUCAGGCUCUCUUUCUGUACUGUUGGACUCUGUGCUGUGCGCUCUUGGCCCUCUGGCGUGUCUCACUGCUCAGGUGCCAGAACUUAACGGUUGCCCUCCCCACGUACUGUCAAACACUCUGGAUAACAUAGCCUACGUCAUGCCUGGACUUUGAACGCUACCGGGUCAUCUCCCAUGUUACAGACUCUCUCUCUCUCCUCUUUAUGGAAGAUGGCGCCGGUAGCUUGUCACCUUCCACGCCCUUGGACCUUUGUCAACCCUGACAGUACUUCUGGUUCUCAUCAUGAGAAGGACAUGAAUUGCACAUUUUUGCACUGGACAGACCACAGACUACACGUCUCCUUUUAACCCGCUUCUUAAUCUGUCGUUCCAUUUUUAUCCCGUCUACUCUCCGUUUUGUAUUUUUUUGUCGCUGUGUUUUGUCAUUCUAUCAAUUAAAAGCAUUUUAGUGAGCCCUUUUAA